AUGCUGCUCGCUGCUCGUGCUGCCGCAAGACCGGCCUUCCGAACGCUCUCGCAAGCUCACUCUGUUCGCUAUGCGUCAGGAAAGAGUCUGUCGGAAACGAUUGCCGAGAUUGUGCCAGAGCGUCAGGAACUGGCCAAGAAGAUCCGUACAGAGUAUGGACAGAAGAGCCUCGGCGAGAUCAAGGUCGAGAACGUCAUGGGCGGUAUGAGAGGUCUCAAGGUCAUGAUCUGGGAUCCCUCGGUGCUCGACGCCAAUGAAGGCAUUCGCUUCUGGGGCAAGAGCAUCCCAGAGUGCCAAAAGGUCUUGCCCGCCGCAAAGGACGGAGAGGAGAUGCUCCCGGAGAGCAUGCUCUGGUUCCUCAUGACCGGCAAGGUCCCCAGCCGCGAACAGACGGACGAUCUCAUCGCCGACUUGGCGGAGCGCAGCACCAUCCCCGCCUACGCGGAGAAGAUCAUUGACAGCUUUCCCAAGACACUCCACCCCAUGACACAGUUCGUGUCUGCCGUCGCUGCACUCAACCACGACUCCAAGUUUGCAAAGGCUUACUCGGCUGGCAUGAAGAAGUCGGAAUACUGGAAGACCACGCUCGAGGACUCGCUCGACCUGAUUGCCAAGUCGUUCACCGUCGCUGCCCGCAUCUACAACAAUGUCUAUCUCGACGGCGCUAGCAAGAUCCCAGCUCUCGACAAGUCGCGCGAUCUCUCAUGGAACUUUGCCAAUCAGAUCGGAUUCGGAGACAAGAAGGGCUUCAUUGAGAUCAUCCGUCUCUACAACGCUCUCCAUACCGAUCACGAAGGCGGCAACGUCUCUGCCCACACCACCCACUUGGUCGGAUCUGCGUUGUCUGAUCCUUACUUGUCUUACUCGGCUGCGCUUGCCGGUCUUGCCGGUCCUCUGCACGGUCUCGCGAACCAAGAAGCACUCAAAUUCGUCCUGUCCAUCAAGGACGCCAUCGGCGGUGAUGCGACGCACGACCAAGUCAAGGAGCAGCUCUGGAAGAUCCUCAACUCUGGUCGCGUCGUUCCUGGAUACGGCCACGCUGUCUUGCGCAAGCCUGACCCUCGCUUUGAUGCUCUGAGAGACUUUGGCAACCGCAACAAGGACGUUGCUGAGGAUCCAGUCUUCCAGCUCGUCGACAAGCUCUUCAAGGUCGCGCCAGGCGUUCUCACCGAGCACGGCAAGACCAAGAAUCCUUUCCCUAACGUCGACGCAGCAUCUGGCUCGUUGCUUUACCACUACGGUCUGACUCAGUUCGAGUUCUACACGGUCACCUUUGGCACAUCGCGUGCUAUCGGCGCUCUGUCAGCGCUCGUACAUGACCGAAUCAUCGGGCUGCCCAUCGAGCGACCCAAGUCGGUAUCUAUGGAAUCAAUCGUUCAGAUGUUCAAGUAG